AUCAAAUGGACGGCCAAGGAGACGGAGACCACAACGGUCCAAAUCGCUACCGUACGUCCAUACCAGUAGGAGAUCGACUGCCAGUUGAUGAUGAUGAUGAUGAUGAUGAUGAUAAUGGUGAUGAUGAUGAUGAUGAUGAUGACCGUGCCGAUGUUGCUGAUGAGGAAGACAUGGACUCUGUCUUCCUCAUGGAUUUGUUUGUCAAUCGUUACAUGAGAUUCUUUGUAAACCCGCGAGCGCCGUGGCAACAGCCCGACGCCGACGACGAAAACGACGUAAGCGAUUUCGCGAUCGAAAAUAGUAACGCCGAUGAUAUCGUUGACCACGAAGUUGAGGCGGCCGCCGCCGGGGCCGAGUCCGGAGCCAACCAGCUGAUGGGGGACGAGGAGGAGGAAGACCCUCAGCUGGGACCGUCGAGCAGAUGCCGAGAGGACGAGGAGGACGAAGACGAAAUGAGGAGCAGCAGCAGAUAUUUCCGCUGGUGGCACGAGUUCGACAACAGCUCCGACGGCAGCAGCGACUUAGAGAACGACCAGCAGGAGCCGGCGCCCGCCGCAGCUAAGAAAAGGUCACGGGACGACUUGGACGGCAAUCUAAGACUGCGGGGCGACCUGUCGCUCGGCGCCCCGAGCGGCCCCAAGAAUCCCGCCAGCGACGAACGAGCUCCCAAGGGGGGCGACUUUCGUUUCGGCCAGCAGGAGGCCGCCGAAGACGCGCUCUUAACGUGCGCCGACGACAAGUCCAGAGAAAACUAUGACAGGGAAAAUAAGAGUGGCAAGAAACGAUUCAAACGUUUUUGACUCUGGCAACAAAUU